AUGAAAAUGAGUCAAGCGUUCAGAGGCGGGCCCGAGGAGGCGCUGCGCGCGAGCGUUGUCGGCGCACUUCGGAGCGAGCACAAGGCGGGGUUAUCCAGCGCGUCCAGGCUGCGUGCGUCCAAGGAGCAGCCACGUCCUGCUCGAACAAGCAGCUGCAUUUGGUGUCGCGCGGGGAGGUCGCCGCGACGCUUCCAGCUCACACAGGCGGCUCGGAGAGCUGAGCGCGCCCGAGCCCCGAGAAUCACCGCGAAAAUGACCAAAAGCAAGGCGCGUGCGAAGAAGGGCUCGCAGCGAGGCCAGGCGAGCGACGGUGCCCACGAUUCAAAGGGGCCACGGGCAGCAGAGCCCGGCGGCCCGCCCCCCCCAGCUUCCGCGGGCGGGCGCGGAGCACGCGCGGACCGCCCGUACGACCUCACGGUGAAGGACCUGCUCGCGCUGCUCCGCUCGUCUCCCGGCGGCGUGGUGGACCUGGGCGGCAAGACGGUGUGGCUCAAGGGGGGGCUGCUGCUCAGGGACGAGCAGGGCGCGACGAUCUCGAACGGCACGCUCAUCGACGGUUGCGUGGCCCUCGACGGAGACGGCCCCGUCGGCACGGGCACGGAGACCAGGAUCCGAUUGCGCAACCUGACGUUCCGCGGGCCCGGGUGCUGCGGGAAGCGCGCGGCGGCGACGAAGCCGGUCGAUCCGACGACGGUCGCGCUCUCGUGCAAGCCGCUCGUCUCCGUGCACGGCGCGGUCGGGGUCGUGAUCGAGGGCUGCACGUUUGCGAACGCGGGGCUGCUGGGGAAGGACGCGCGCAGCGCGGAAGUCAGCGACGACAUGACAGCUGGCGUCCGCGUGACAGCGGGCUCGGUGACGGUCGAGAACUGCCGGUUCGUGAACAACGACGGCCCGGGGGUGUGGGCGGGGUGCGGCGGGGAGCCCGUGACGGUGACGGUGCGGAACUCGCAGUUCGUGGGCAACCGGUACUGCGCCGCGGGGGUGUACGCGGGGGCGAGGAUGGAGCUGGAGGGCGGUGUGGUGGGCGGCACCCGGCACAGCGUCAUCGUGACCGGGGGGGGCCGCCUGCGUGCGCGUGGGACGGUGUUCCGCGGCGACGACGUCGGAGUCGAGGUGCAGGGGGAGUCCGCGGCGACGCUGGAGGGCUGCACGUUCGACGGCUGCUGCAUCACGGCACAGGGGGGCACCGUGACCGUGUCAGACGCGAAGAUCACUGGAGCGCCCCGGUUCGGCGUCUCGAUGCUUGCCGGCGCGCGCGGCACCGUGCGCGGCGCCAAGAUCUCGGGCAGCGCCGGACUGGGCGUGUUCGCGAGCAGGCUGGUCGCCAGCGACGUGGUGUGCGUCGGCAACGAGGAGGCACCGGCUUGUGGCGUCUUUAGUGGGGGUGUCCUGCAGCUGGAGCGGUCGACGUUCACCAAGACCGGACACGGGCUCUGUGCCAUCGGGAGGGGAUCGAUCGAGGCGACCGACGUCGUGCUGCGCGGCUACGGCGGAUGCGGUGUCAGCGCGUUCAACGGGGGGAGUGUCGUCAUGCGGGGGGGGAGUAUCAGCGGCGGGCAGCACGGCGUGGGGAUCCGCGGGGCGGGCACGACCGUGAGGACGACGGACACCGACAUCACCGGGUGCUCGGUGGCCUGCGUGGACGCGGAGGGUGGCGCGCGCGUUGUGCUGGCGGGCGGGCGCGUGACGGGCAGCAAGGGCGCGGGCGUCGUGGCGCACGGCGCCGGGACGACCGUGACGGUGAGCCGGGUGGAGUGCGCGCGCAACGCGGGGGGGGACUUCGUGCGUGAGGAGGGGGGGAGUGUCGUGGUGGACGAGGACGCGGUGAUGGAGUGA